AUGAGAGAAAUGGAGGAGGUGAUAAUUAGGCAAGGGAGGUCUCUGGCGGAGACUCCAACGUACUCUGUUGCUUCAGUCAUCACAGUCUUGGUUUUCGUUUGUUAUCUUGCUCAAAAGUCUAUUUACAAAUUUGGAAAGUGGUUGAAGAAAACAAGGAGGAAGGCUCUAUUUGCUUCACUAGAGAAGAUUAAAGAAGAGCUGAUGUUGCUGGGGCUUAUAUCUUUGUUGUUGGCGCAAUGGGCACGAGGGAUAUCCGAGAUUUGUGUGAAUUCAUCACUUUUCAGCAGUAAAUUUUAUAUCUGUUCUGAAAAAGAUUAUGGCAUCAAUGAGCAUGUCUUGUUAAAAAGUUCCUUCUCUUUUCAAAAUGAAUCUGAUAUUCCCCCCAGAGGAAUUAACACUCACACAUCUCAUCAAUGUGGUGAGGGUCGUGAACCGUUUGUUUCACUUGAGGGUCUUGAGCAGCUUCACCGUUUCUUGUUUGUUCUUGGUAUCACUCAUGUCCUUUACAGCUGCUUGGCUGUUGGUUUGGCCAUGAGUAAGAUUUAUAGUUGGAGGAAAUGGGAAUACCAAGCAUUUCCAGCGGCUGAUGCAAGUUUGCAAGAAAAGAAAUUCAAGGUGAUGCGGCGACAAACCACCUUUGUCUUCCAUCACACAUCUCAUCCAUGGAGCAGAAGUCGGGUUCUACUUUGGAUGCUUUGCUUUCUAAGACAAUUUAAGGGCUCUAUACGGAAGUCAGACUACUUGGCUCUACGUCUGGGUUUCAUCACUAAGCACAAACUACCACUUUCUUAUAAUUUCCAUAACUAUAUGGUUCGAAGUAUGGAAGACGAAUUUCAUGGCAUCCUCGGCAUUAGCUGGCCACUUUGGGGUUAUGCAAUAGUGUGCAUCUUCAUAAACAUUCAUGGUCUAAAUAUUUAUUUCUGGUUGUCUUUUAUCCCUGCCAUUCUUGUCAUGUUGGUUGGAACAAAGCUUCAGCAUGUUGUCUCCUCAUUGGCCCUUGAAAUUAAGGAACAGACAGGGCCACCCGUUGGGACUCAAGUAAAGCCAAGUGAUGAUCUAUUUUGGUUUAGAAAACCGGUGAUUUUGUUGCGGUUGAUUCAAUUUAUUAUAUUCCAGAACGCCUUUGAGAUGGCAACAUUCAUAUGGUCCUUGUGGGGACUUGAGGAGAGAUCAUGCUUCUUGAAAAAUCACUAUAUGAUAAUCAUUCGAUUGACCUCUGGGGUUCUUGUUCAGUUCUGGUGCAGCUACAGCACAGUCCCACUGAAUGUGAUUGUGACACAGAUGGGAUCUCAAUGGAAGAAAGCUCUGGUGGCGGAAAGUGUGAGAGAGUCGCUCCAUAGUUGGUGUAAGAGAGUAAAGGAGAGGUCUAAACACGACUCAUUGCAUUCACGCACUACAAGGUCUAUAUGCUCACUCGAAUCAACAAUUGAUGAAAGAGAUGAAAUAAUGGUGGCAUCCAGUACUUUAUCUAGGAGUUCUUCCAUGGAGUCACUGAAUCAAGUAACUAUAACAUCAACUGAACAGGCAGAGUCUGUUCUUCAGACCUCCGAACAUCCUGAAACUGAAUUGUCAUUUAGAGUGCAAGAGUACUUAUCGGAUACUAUAAACAUUAAUGCCUUAGAACCUCCCAUUACUGAUGAAGAAGAAGAAGGUAGUACAGGCAAUGGAGAGGAAGGGAAAGUUGAGACUCUUUAUGACUUAUUUCAGAAGACCUGAAACACAUCCUUUCUGGGUUCAGAUAAUUUUUG